AUGGACGAGCGGUUUCAUUGUUACACAUCUGUAUGCUUAUUAUUCCAUCAGGUAUUCUUUGUCAGACAACCACAGCCGAAAGUAUUUGUGUUUGAGAUAUUAUUGGAGAUAAAGGGAGUUGUUUCCUCUUCAUAAUAAUAGUAUACGUAUAGAACAGACACACUAGUAUUCGGUGGAAUUCAUUUAAAAUCCACACUGAGGCCGCCAAGUGUGUAUGAGACAUUUGUACGGUCCUACAGGUACAAACACAGAUCUGCUGAUUUCCAAUAUUGUGAAUUUAAGUUAAUGCUGUCCUAGCUACUGAAGACCAUCCCGACAACCACCAUAUAGUAGUCAUGCAGAGGCGUCCACUUCAUCCCCAUAAAGGGGAUCAGAACCGUGAGCAAAAUACAGAAGAUGAAAAGGAGUAUUAUCAGUAUGGAGGUGCUAUGGGGGCUCUCUUCACCAGUGUAUGUUUCAUAGGACUGACAUAUAUAGUGGUGGAAAAGAUUCAGUCUGGUAAAUGGGAGAUGCUGAGAGUUCCCGAGUUCCCGAGCCAUGUCGGGGGAUGGCUGGAUUUUAGGGCAGCCGCUAUGUUCCUGGGCUGGCUGGGGGCCCAGUGUAUUCUCUAUCUCCUCCCCAUAGGUGGACCUAUAGAGCUAGGGUCACCCACCAAGGACAACGGUCGCAGACUGUCUUACAGACUCAACGGAUUUUUUGUGUUUAUGGUGAAUACAAUAUGUCUGCUGGCUGCGACCUACGCUGGAGUUCCUGUUACCAUGCUAACAUCAAAGGCGCUACAGUUGUUGACUGCUGGCCUUGUGACCUUCUUUCUUCUUAGCAUUGUCUUAUACGCCAAAGGCAUGACACUGAGGCCCCGUGACCGCAGCCCAUGUGGUCAAACAAAGAGUGCCUAUUACAAUUGGUUUAUUGGUGUAGAACUACAUCCACGAUUUGGAUUUCUCGACCUAAAGCUUGUUCUCUUCCGUAGUGUUGUCAUUGGUUGGAUGAUUUUUAAUUGGGUGAAUGUUAUGGACGCGUAUGAGACUGGUCACCUCACACCAUCCCUAAUACUUGUCAGUAGUCUACAGUUGGUGUAUGUGCUGGACACAUUCUGGUUCGAGACCGGAAUGUUGGUGUCACGAGAAAUUAUACAUGAGGCAUUAGGUUUCAACCACCUCAGCCUUUGUCUGAUGAUUCCAUUUACAUUCUGUGUCCAGACCCGUUACUUGGUAACAACAGGCUUUACUCUCCCCUGGUACUGCCUCGUCCCCAUCUUGGUUUUGAACCUAACUGGAUAUUGGAUUCUAAGGGGAAGUAACUCUGAGAAAAACAAUUUCAGACGAAAUCCAAAAGAUCCUGCCUUUGCAAAGUACGAAACCCUGCCUACCCGGGUAAAGGGUAAAAACCUCCUGGUGUCUGGGUGGUGGGGGAUGAGCAGACACCCUAACUACUUUGGAGAUAUCCUCAUUAACUUCACCUUUGCCUUACCAACAGGAUUUGGUCAUUUCCUGCCUUACCUAAACCCAGUACUUUUGGUUUUGCUGUUGAUAGACCGCGAGCGAAUGGACGGAGAAGAUUGUAGGCAACGAUACGGAGAUGUGUGGGACAAAUAUUGUGAAAAAGUCAAGUACCGAAUUAUCCCCUAUGUCUACUGAAGGACCAGACUAGAACUCUGACAAAAUCAUCCUUAAUGUAAUACUGUAAUAUAAUUAACAACUUCUGUAACAAACGAUUAAAAUAUCAUGUCUUAUUGAUCAAUCCAAUGUGCUGCCUAACUUGUGUGCCAUUAUUUUAAGACAAUCAUCACAUUUAUUAUUUUUUUACUGACAAUUUUGAUAUCUUUAUUCAAUUUUAAAUAAAAGAUGAACUGUAA